UCAUUCUCUUCAUCUCUAGGGGUGAGACAGCUGCCGGAAGCUGAGAAAGCCACUCAAACGGUCCACUUCACCCUUCUGAUCGCCUGCGUGGUCGUCGCCUUCGCCCUGGGGGCUUUCCUCUCCAGCCUCCUGGUGACCUGCUACUGCAACCACGUCUUUCACAAGACCAAGAGGCUGAGCAAGGACCCCGAGGCCACGAUCCCCCACGCCCUGUCUCUCCGGAGCCUGGCUAAGCUCAACGGGCUUCUGGACGGACAAGCCAAGGACGAGAAGCUCGAGGUGUCCCCCCCCAAGCUCUACCACACCUUGAUCCCCAACGGGAAAGAACACGGGAAGGGAGACUUGAGGCAUCCCCCGGAGCUCUCGGGGCUGCCCACACCAGAGUCGACCCCAGAGCUUCCCAUCAAGAGCAUGAAGUCUUUCAAAAACCAGUGGGAGAAGAAUCAGAAUUGCAACAACGCCGCCAAGGAAAGGAUCCGCCCCCUUGCGCCCAGUUCCAGACCCACCUCCGGGGUGCCAGCUCAGGUCUUCCAGUUCCCCAACUCCCUGGUGCUCUCCGGGCACGGGAACGUUUUGGGAGGGCAGCUUCACCCGGAAGAACGCAAGAUCCCGAAUGCCGAACGGGUCAAAGCUCAGCCCUACCCCUGCUACCCACAGAAGAUGGUGGAGGUCAAUGCUUUGGACGAGCUUCUGAGGCACCUGCACGGGGUCAACGGCGCGGGAGGCUGCCCCGGGAAAAACGUGACCUCGACCAGCACCCCUCUGCCCCCCAACAACGGGCACCUCCCCUUUGCCAACAGGGUCCAGCCCCAAAUCCCCGACACGGAAUCCGCUCCCUACUACAGCUCCUCCACCCUCCCCAGGGACAGCCUGACCAGGAGGAUGGACGUCCCACCAGAUAUGCCUCCUCCACAGUCCACGUUGGAGAGAGCUUCCAGGCAUCCUUUGCAGAGACAGUCCCUGUGUUUGGUCCCCAACGUGGCCAGCGAGGGUAAGGUCUGCCGGCAGCACAGUUUUAACCCCAGAAGCGGUCCUCCCCCUCUGUUGGCGCGGAUGAACUCUGCCGGCAGUUCGGUGGAAAAUAACCAGCAGCCGCUGCACCCCAGUGGUUACCUGUCACGGCAACACAGCUACACCGGUCCGGCCACGGCGCUCCCCAGGGGCGGCAUGGUGAGGAGAGCAGCUUCGCUGAAGCCGGACGUGCCACCGAAACCCAUGUUCAUACCAGCUUCCUCACCAGCGGUCAACCCUUCGAAUCACUUCAACUAUUAGAUUUUCUCUGCGCUUCUCGUUGGAGAGGGGAUUUACUUAAAAUGAACGGAGAGAUUUUAAAAGGUGCUACCCCAGCCCACACAC